CACGUGAAGAAAGGGAGAGUGGCGAGCGAGGCGAACCAGAUAUAUAAGCUUUAGAAACAUUUCUGGGUGCAUUUUCCUGCUGCACAAACAAAAAACUGGGACAUUUCUCCACAGUUAAAGAGCGGAUAGGCCUUCCCCUGGGUACUGCCGUGUGAAAAGACAGCCAAGAGCAGGGCGAGGCGGUAGAGGAUCGAGUCGCGCCGCCCCCCCUGUAGGGCCGCGGGGCAGACAGGUGAAGGUCUGGGCCGUGUUUGUGUUGCCGCGCCUAUUGUUGUUAAAUCGAGAGGAGGAUGAGCGAGGCGAGGGCACGGCAGGCAGCGCUCCCGUAACAAGAGUCAGCAGUGUGAUGCGGAGGGCGGCGCGGCGGUGCUGAGCGUGCUGAGAGCGGCGGGCAGCAUGUUGGAGCUGGAGGUGUACCCCGAACAGUCGCUCAGCGCCGAGAAAUGGGAGUUCGUACUGGGCAUGCACUUCAGCCAGGCGGUGGCCAUCAUACAGCACCAAGUUGGCACCAUCCGUGGCGUUCAAGUCCUCUACAGCGACACCACCUCUCUGGAGACUGACCUCAUCCUUAACCUAUCACAAGAUGGCAUCCAGCUGUUCUUUGAUCCAGUGUGCCAGCGACUUAAGAUCAUUGAGGUGUACAACAUGAAGGCAGUGAAGCUAAAGUACUGUGGCAUCACAUUUAGCUCCCAUGAGGUCAUCCCAAGCAUUGAGCAGAUUGACCACUCCUUCGGGGCCACUCACCCAGGAAUAUAUGACUGGGAGAGGCAGAUCCUGACUAUUAACUUCCCUGGGCUGUCCUUCUUCUUCUCGGUGGACCAGAAAUACCAGCCAUGCUUGAACAAGGGGCUCGGAUCGCUGCAGUUCCCGAGCGGAGCGUCGCCAGUUGUGUCCAAGAUGGUCAUUUACAGCGGCAACAACCCCAAGGACCCCCGGGCCCCGCCACUGCCCUCAUCCUGCAUCCACAACCUCAUCCACCUGGACUCCCUUUUGGUCCUCCGUGACAUGGGCAAGACCAAGGGACUGAGGCUCAACUUGUUUACGGAUGACGGCAGGGCACGGCACCACGACUCCAGACAAACCUUCACCCGCAACAUCCACUUUGGGGCAUCGUGUCAGGAGGUGGCGAUGGCCCUGGGAGCCCCUUCCCGCGUGUUCUACAAGUCGGAGGACAAGAUGAAGAUCCACAACGCGCAUGCCAGGAAGGCCACCACGCGCUCAGACUUCUUCUUCAACUACUUCACCCUGGGCCUGGACGUUCUUUUCGAUGCCAAGACCCAGCGUGCCAAAAAGUUCGUCCUUCACACCAACUUCCCGGGCCACUAUAACUUCAACAUGUACCACCGAUGCGAGUUUGAGCUGCCUCUGACGGUACCGAGGCAGCCCGAGGACGGUACACAGCUCAUCGACCUCCCCUCCACCAUAACAGUGCAGAGCGUGACCCUGUGGGACACCCUGGGCUCCCGCAUCAAGCCCCGCGGCCGGCCUGUCGUGCUGCACCGCUCCUCCUCCACCAACACCUCCAACCCAUUUGGCUCAACCUUCUGCCACGCAUAUCAAGACAUUAUAUUUGAGGUGAUGGCCAACGGACACAUAGCCUCUGUGACGCUGUAUGAGAGUGAGGAGGCGGCAUAGUACUGGCUCUAGGGGUGAUGAAGGCAAGGCAGGCCGUGAGAAUGCCCGUCACGCCCCACACACACACACACACCACACACACACACACACACACACACACACGCGUCACUACACACAAAGCUACAGACGCCUCACACCGACACGCAUGCAGAGUUCAUCUAGUACUACGCAUACAUAUACAUUAAUUGUAAAGAAUAUAUAUAUCUGUAUGUACAUGUAAACAUAAUCUUAAUCUAACCUCAGGAAAGUUGUUAAUUUUUCUGAGACAGGCCCACGAGUGAGUUACAGUUUUUUACUCAUUUGAAAUUAUGACAAAAAUACAAAAAAAAAAACUACUAAGAAAAUGGCUGGCAAGGAUGGAGGCAGUGAAGGUCGAGCAGUGGCUUUUGAAUGGUGAGGUUAUUUUUGUUUUGCAUUUUUUAGUGAUCAAUGGUGCUAGAGAAUGUUAUGACCUACAGACAGACAGACAGACAAGUCCUCUGCUGAGCGUCGCGGGGAAACACUUCGUUGAAAGAAUCUGGAAGUGCCACACAUUGUGCCACCAGGGAUAGAAACACUCCAUAAACAGUGCCAUGCCAGCCCUGGAGGUUGCCACAAAGCACCUGAAGGAAGAUAAAUAAACGGUGCCAUGGUCGGUGAGGGGGCUCGGCAAUGCAAUGACCCCGGGUGGUGCCUCCAGUGACCCAAGUUGUUCGGGUGACACGGGAGGGAUGGACCGUGGCUUGAGGGUCAUAGUCCUUGAACACUUGCCGCCUGGUGGGCCUCGCCUGCCCCCGUCGCCUCCCAGGGUGUGCCCCAGGCUGGAGGUGGGUGACGGAUGAUGGCGGAACAGUGCAGUGACCAAUCAAACAUGAAACCCGCGUUGAUAUUGACGAGGAGGUUGUCUGAGGGACGGGCACUGUACGACACACCAGGCUGAGCUCCUUCCCUGCCCCUCCCUCCCUGGCCAGGCAAGACAACAACAGGAGUCAGUGGCGGGGGAAGGCAGGAGGCACGCAUCCACCUUCUCUUAGUGUGGCAUCGGCCGAGGGAGGAUUCAGCUUCGGCGUGAGUUUUAUGAUAAUUUAAUUCUAUGUGGAGUGAAUGUGGGUGGAAAGAACGUGUUUGUUUUAUCAUUAUUUAAAGGGAGAAAACGGACUGUGGUUAGAGAGAGCGAGUUGUCUCAGAAAUAAAUCAUGACUUGGGGUGUGUUCGUCAGUUCAUGCGCACCGGUCUCAUCACAACUCAUACCAGGGGAGAAACAGUCUGGAAAAUGAUGAAUGGGUGUGUGAAAAUGAAGUACGUAAUGUCGUAAUACAGAUGAAUUUAACGUUCUAUUCUGACAAGGCCAUUUUCCGACACCAUUUCAAUUUUACCGAAGAAGAAGUAGUCUGGAAAAAAUGGAAUGGCAGUGUGAAAAAGAAGAAUGUACCAUCAUAUUAAAGAUGAACAUUUUAUCCUGACAAGUCCAUUUUCCGACACCAUUUCAAUUUUCCUGAAGAAGUAGUAGUCUGGAAAAAAAUGGAAUGGCGGUGUGAAAAAGAAGGAUGUACCGUCAUAAUAAAGAUCAAUCAAACAGUUUAUUCUGACAAGUUCAUUUUCGCACCUCAGUUCAAUUUUCCUUAACCUCCCUUGCGAUGAGUAGUGAUUUAAAACGGUACAUACAAACUGAUACACACCAAUGUUGACAGAUUCUCGUACUCAGCCUCUUAUAUUUACUAACUUCCGACCCAGAAAUUGUCCCCUGGGCCCCAGUAACUAGAUUCAUUUAUAUUCAGCGUUAAAAUAGUUAAUUCCUGAUGUUUCUUGGCAAUAGUUAUGCGUCAAAAAACGGUAAAUAAUAUGCUCUUGAGUACGUUAAUCUGCCAACGGUAACACACCCUUAUUUUAUUCUUUUUUACUUGGGUGGUUGAGUUUUUAAGCGCGAGUGUACAAGCAUAGCACACACACGUAGACUCAAAAAUACUACAAACACACGACAUAAACGAACCCCUUUUGUUGCGUCGCCCAUGAGAUCAGACACGUUCACUCUCGAGGGGCGACGAUGCCAUAUUCUGGAGGUGUGAGCCUUAACCCCUAGUUCAAAGCGUCUUGUUUGGUAGUUCAAAGACUCACCAUCAGCGACAGGCACAAAGAGAGCUGUACAUACUUCAUCACUGCUUCCGUAUUUAAUGACCGGCGUGGUGUGUCUAUAUCCCGACCUUCCGUUCCUGUUUCCUUUUACCGUUGCGUAUGUUAGGGUGUGUUGGUUAACUCGUACGCACUUGCCCGACUUAGUACUCAAAUCAUGGGACACUCUUAUCUGUCCCAAAACUCAUGUUGGUUAUUUUGACCUCCUCAGAAAAACACAACCUUUAACUUUUUUGUUGUUAUUAUCGUCUGGCCAAGAAAACUUCACCUCGAGCAAAAUUGUCUGCCUUCAAGAUCAAGAAUUAAGAUGAAGUAAAGAAAAAAUAAUUACCGUCGAAAUGAGAAAUAAUUAUCAAUCUUUAUUUUGACUGAAUUUCAUGUCCAGACCUCAGAUAAUUUUUUCCCGAGUUUAAUAUUUUUUUUCCAUGCGCGUACAGGUUGGUCGGCACACCCUACACAGUGUUCAAGGCAGUCACACGCUCCAUCAGACUCGGCCCACCAUGGUUACGUUUACUAAGUUUUCCUCGUAGCCGUGUGCUGAGAGCUCACCUGAAAAUGUCUAAAGGGGAUUCUUGCAUAAUUUCAACCAAGUGAUUAUUUUAUCUCAAUUUGACAAUCUUUUCGGACUUUCAGAGGUCACAGAAUCAGGCGACAGAUUACCACUCGAAAGAUUGUGUAAAAAAUAUCAGUCAAAAAUAAUAAGUCGGGUUUUUAUUCCUUCUUUCAUUCCUUUUUAGAGCUGACUAAUUUUACCCCUGAUUAUUUUUCUGAAUUUCCCAACUAGAUUUUUCCUUUUCCUAUGUCCGUUUUUUAUUUUCCCUCUGACUAAUUUUUUCGUGAUUAUAAAACUUUUUCCCGACCAGUUAUUUCUUUUGUACGUCAGUUUUUAUUUUCCCCCGACUAGUUUUUUCCCUGAUUCAAGAACUAAUUUUCCCAGCUAGUUUUUUCCUUCUCGUUUCCUUACUUGUCACCCUUUGGAAUCCAUAAGCUUUGAGAUCAGUGCAUAGCUUUUUGGAAUCAUGCAGUGUUUCAGAAUCUUAGAUAUGAAAUUCAGUACUCAAAAUUGCAGUAGAUUUUUAUAACACUUUAAGACUGAGUUUGUAAUAUGUCAGCAGCUCAGAAAAUCCAAAACUUCUUCCUAACUCCAUCUCAAAAAAAAAGAGAAAGUAAAAAGCCAAACUAACCACAUAACUUAAUAAAUACAAAUGCCACUUUUAAAACAAUCUGGCGUAACAAUGUGUAGCUUCACUCCUAAGUCUUUGCUUCGUUACUCACAUCCCCUGCGUCUUUCUUUGCCAAGGGUGACGUGUUAGCAUUGUGUCUUGAAGGAGCUGGAAACAGGAACAGGGAAAGGAGGGAAGGAUGAAAGAGAUAGGAUAAAAUUCGCCUUGCCUGCCAUUGCUUGCAUUUCCAGUGUCUCUUUUGCUCCAUGUAACUCCCUGGUUGUGUGCGGAACUCUGGUUUAUGGUUUCGUUUUGUUAGGUUUUUAUUCGUCCACAAGAUUAGGAGGAGUUUGGAGCGCUGUGAGUCCGUACGAGAGACACGCCGCCGGACUUUUUUUUAAUUGAAAGAGUUGUGUUCUAGGCUUCGUCCUUUGCGUGUGUGUGUUCUUUGCUCAGUUCAAAAGAGGAAGGCAACCGUGUGACAUUAAGCUGAGAUUACUACAGACAAUCAACUUUUUAUUCUUACUUAAACAUUAUACAUAUUGAUAAGCCCAAACGUGGAUCUGGUUCGUAAGUUUAGUAGCGAUUCAAGCAGCCCUCGGACCAGCCCUCACAAGGCGCACACACACAGCCACUGUCUUGGGUGCGCUGUGCUGUGCUGAGGCGACAGAGGGUUACAUAGGAUGGUUGUGGUGGUGGUGGUGUUGUGGGUGAAGAAGUAACAGCGAUUAGUGUAGAUACGUCACAGGAGCUGAAUACAAGUAACAGAGUGAAAGAGGAAUUGUAUAUCACCAGUAGUUUGUGACCCACCGACAAGUGAUAGAAGAAAAGUAGUUGAUAAAAAGAAUGUUUAAAUUUGGGGAACAGAGUGGAAAGGAACCAUUGUAUAUCACCAUUAGUUUAGAACCCUGAAAAGUGAUAACCGUGAGGAAAAUAUGCAACGCCACAACCCAGUUUAUAGAUGUAGGAGUGGAUGCCUCGUUCUGUGUUGCAUAAAGAGAGGAAGGAAGUAAAGGAAAACUACAUGGCGAGUUAAGACAAUCCGUUCAGGUUGUAAAAAUAAGAUCAUGUCCCUUAGAAACAGAGAUAUAGAGUUUGUUGUGCACUGAAGAAACAAGAAAAAGGGUGGAAGAAUGUAAAGAACUGUAAAGAGAAAAAAACUACAUCACAGGUUAAGACAAUGCGUUCAGGUUGUUAAAGUAAGAUCAUGUCCCUUAGAAACAGAGAUAGAGUUUGUUGUGCACUGAAGAAACAAGAAAAUGGGUGAAAGAAUGUAAAGAACUGUAGUAAAGAGGAAAAAACUACAUGUCAAGUUAAGAUAAUGGGUUCAGGUUGUUAAAGUAAGAUCAUGUCCCUUAGAAACAGAGAUAGAGUUUGUUGUGCACUGAAGAAACAAGAAAAUGGGUGAAAGAAUGUCAAGAACUGUAGUAAAGAGAAAUGACGAAUGUGAAGAGCUGUACAGUAUAAGAUCAGCAAAAGAAAGAAUGUAUAGAAGAACUGCUUAGAACUGUACAUUACCACACAUUAAGAAAAGAGAUUAGAACGGAAAGAAGUGUACAUUAUCAUAAGAAAAAGAACCAUGUGUUAAGAAACUGAAGCAUAUGAAGAAGAACUAAACAUUUUAAUUAAGAAAAUGAAGAACCAGUGUGCAGAACAACCCUACACCCUAAGUUAAGGGACUCACUAGGGUGGCGUUACCAAAAGUGUAAAACUACCAACCCUUUCUCCCACACCACAAUUCAAAAGACUCAGCCCAUGUUGUAGUUUUAGCCAUAGCGAGAAGGCCCCAACUCAGACCACUAGAGGGGCGAGAUAACCCAUCCUGUUGACCUCUGAACCCCUUGAUCCCACCCCCUACGAGGGCUUCCAUCCCCUGAAAACAAAAGCAGAAGAAGGAGGAGGAGGAGAGAUAGAGAGGUUCCAAUACUGUCCUGGGUGGUAGCUUUUAUCAUUCUCUUUGUUCUAACUUGUGUCAAAUUCUUCUUGCUUCCAUUGGUGAGUUGAGGGUUAGUUCCGGAGUACAUUUGGGCUGUAUGUUCUUUAAGGCUUUUAUUUAACUUAUUGUGGGUGGGAGCGGUUUGUGGAAAUUGGCGAUCGUUUCGACGUCUCGCUUCCGAUGUCGAGUUUCGUUUGUUUAAAUUGCGUUUGAAAGCCACUCCUGCAAGACAUUGGGUAGUGGUGGUUUAAUUCAUUUGCUUUUUUAUUAUUUAUUGUGUGUGUCGGAGGUGGUUGAAACUGGUGUCCGUUCUGAUGUUUCGCUUAACCAGUGUCGAGUUUCGUUUGUCUGAAGUGUAGUCGAAAGCCACUCCUGUAAGACAUUGGGCAGCGGUGUUUUAUCUUAUUUAUUUUUGUAUUCUUAUUUUGGUGUGUUGAAAAAAAAGGUGUGAUUGGAAAUUCGUUUGUUUUGGAGUGCAGUCGGAAGUCACUCCCAUAAGACAGUGGAGUGGUGUGGUUUUUUACUUACUACAUUUUCCUCUUUUUUCUGGUGUGUGCAUAAAAAAGGUGAUUGGAAAGUUGCUCCCGUGCAACAUCGGACAGUGGCGUUUUCAUGUAUUUUCAUUUAUUAUUAUUUUUCGAUGUGUGCGUCAAAGGUGAUUGGAAAAUUGACAUCGGACAGUGGCGUUUUCAUGUAUUUUCAUUUAUUAUUAUUUUUCGAUGUGUGCGUCAAAGGUGAUUGGAAAAUUGACAUCGGACAGUGGCGUUUUCAUGUAUUUUCAUUUAUUAUUAUUUUUCGGUGUGUGCGUCAAAGGUGAUUGGAAAGUUGCUCCCGUACAACAUCGGACAGUGGCAUUUUACUUCAUCAAUUUUUUACUUAUCAUUCUUUUUCGGUGUGUGCGUCUAAAGUGAUUGCAAUACAGCGUCGUGGCAUGUCUAUCUGUCUGUCUUCUCACCACCCACCCGCCACCCAAUUAUUCCCGCGGGGCUGCACGAGACUUUGUAAUUUUUAACGAAAGCUGAAAAAAAAGACAAAGCCAGAAAACAAAAAACAAAAAUACAUAUUAGUGUGACAAACGCCUCACGUCUCGAGGGAUAAAAAAAAAAAAUAAUAAUAAUAAUACAUCCUCUAUGUUUGUAGUUUCUAAGUUUCCAAUAAAGUCUUUCAUAUUUCAAGCAUUAUAAUACUUAAAAGAAUAUUAGGCUAGUAGUUUUUAAGUCUGGAAUAAUUGCUAAAUACAUUAUUGUCUUGCUACUAUGGAUAAGGUUGGCUAAGGAAGAUGGGGGAGGAGCAAAUGCGACAAUGAACCUCUCUCUCUCUCUCUCUCUCUCUCUCUCGUCACCUCUUUUAGCAGUGGUUGAAUUUUGCUUGACUAACACUUUUUACAAUAUACGACAAUAUCAAGUUUGUUAUGUUACUUUUUUACACUCUCUCUCUCUCUCUCUCUCUCUCUCUCUCCUCGAAAAGAAAAUGGGAGGUUAAAAUGUUUGUUUGCUCUUUCUCCUACUGACUUGGCGACUGUGUGUGUGUGUGUGUGUGUGUGUGUCCUCCCCAGAGUGACAGAAUGCACUUACAGGACAAAAAAAAAAGAUAUAUAUAAACGUCAUGACAUUAUUUUCCUCGGGGUCAUGCUAGCCAGUUUGUACGCACACACGCACACCUUUCCAAUUAGUACUCGCAUCAAAAAAGAAAAAAAUAUGCUUCGGAAAAUUGUCGGGAAGUGAAAAUCAACUCGUCGGAAAUGAGAAUUGAUUAACGGUAUUUUUGGCGACGAUUGAAUUUUCUUCCGUUCGAUCAAUUUUCCCGAGCGAUUUUGUUUAUGAUACGAGUACUAAUUGCAAUGUUUUUUUAUUUUAUAUUUUUUAUGGUCAGUUCAGUGCAUACAAAUUAGCUAAGUCAACCCUGUCUGCUGUGUUUCUCCCGUCUAUCAUACACUACUAUUAAAACUAUCUUUCUUUUCUUUCUAUUCUUCUACUUACCACUAAAACUAUCUUCAUUUUCUUUCUCCUCUUCCUCCUUGCUAUUAAAACUAUCUUUCUUUUCUUUCUUCUCUUCCUCCUCCUUACCACUAAAACUAUCCUCAUUUUCUUUCUUCUCUUCCUCCUCCUUGCUAUUAAAACUAUCUUCAUUUUCUUUCUUCUCUUCCUCCUCCUUACCACUAAAACUAUCUUCAUUUUCUUUCUCCUCUUCUUCCUCCUUACCACUAAAACUAUCUUCAUUUUCUUUCUCCUCUUCCUCCUCCUUGCCACUAAAACUAUCUUCAUUUUCUUUCUCCUUUUCCUCCUCCUUACCACUAAAACUAUCCUCAUUUUCUUUCUUCUCUUCCUCCUCCUUGCUAUUAAAACUAUCUUCAUUUUCUUUCUCGUCUUCUUCCUCCUUACCACUAAAACUAUCUUCAUUUUCUUUCUCCUCUUCCUCCUCCUUGCUAUUAAAACUAUCUUCAUUUUCUUUCUCCUCUUCCUCCUCCUUGCUAUUAAAACUAUCUUCAUUUUCUUUCUCCUCUUCCUCCUCCUUGCUACUAAAACUAUCUUCAUUUUCUUUCUCCUCUUCUUCCUCCUUGCUAUUAAAACUAUCUUCAUUUUCUUUCUCGUCUUCUUCCUCCUUACCACUAAAACUAUCUUCAUUUUCUUUCUCCUCUUCCUCCUCCUUACCACUAAAACCGUCUUCUUCCUUUUCUUCCUCCUCCUCCUCCUUCUCUUUCUAUCUCCUCUUCAUGUAUCUUCAACUCUAGCGUACUUCAUAUAUUUUAAGCUGGUUUUUCAUAAGCUUCGUGGUGGUUUUGAGCAUUUAUUCAACUAUUUAUUCACUCCUCUUAAUAUGUGUGUGUGUGUGAGACAAAAGAACUGUUCAUAUUUUUUUACCUGCUUGACGUGGUACAGCGUAUGCCUAUGGUUUUUAGCUGCACGUUAUUGAUAACUAAUUACCCGCGUGUGUAUUGGAUGUAAAGCAGUGACCGGCAUUAUUCUGGAUCUGUAUGUGAGGGUGACGGGACAGCAUCUGCCUCUCUCUGCCGUCGGAGUUUGUGAAGAGGUUGUGUUGGUGAUUCAGGCGAUAUGACAGCAUUAUUAUUACGGUAUUUAUUUUUACAGGAAAGGAAGCAGCUCAAGGGCAACAACAAAAAAAGCGUAGAGGAAAAAAACACCCGCUAAUCGCUGCUUCCACAAAAGAUAUAAGUGCAGAGUGGCCCAAAGAGAGGUACAUUCGUAAGAGUAACUUUUCGUAUAACGUCGAGAUUGUUUUAGCUGGUUUGGGUGACGUGACAGUACAGUUUAAGUGCAGCCAUCACACUAGCGACUUUUGUUAUGAGGAGAUUGGUUUAGCUGGUUUAAGUGACAUCACAGCAUCUUAAGCAUUUUUUUUAACCCCUUGACUGUGGAUUUCCAACAAGAAGACAUCACCAAGCUACAGGAAUGGAUCAAAAAGUGGCUGCUACAAUUCAAUGAAAAAAAAUGGGAGGGGAUAUCCAGCACACCAAUACCACAUGGGAAACACUCCACUAUCCACCACAGAGGCAGAGAAAGACCUGGGAGUGUAUGUGACCAGGCUACCAGUAAAGGCCAAUUCCAGCGGACGGGUUAAACCUCUGCCUUUCUCAUGGACAAAAGAUCGCUAAUAACUGAUUUGGGUGAACAUUACAGUAUACUCUUGUGCAUUGUAGCGUAUCAGGACACCUCUCCCCCCAAAAUUGACCUCUCUUUCGGGCACUCCUCUCAACUCAUUUUAUAGGAGCAGUGAUUUGUGGACUUUUUUUCAUUAUUUUCUUUUUUUUUUUGCCCUGGAGCUGUUUCCUUUGCUAUAAAAAAAAGCAGAUUCACACUAGUAACUUGUUAAAAUGUACCGCCUUUUGUCGUCUACCGAAGAGAAUGUUUUGGUUGAUUCGGGUGACGUGAGAGAAUUGCUUUAGUGGUACGUUAACACUGUCGAUUUAAUUGUUAAGAACCUUCCGCUUUUUGUCAUCGAGUCAAGAGAAUGAUUUAGCUGAUUUCGGCGACUACUGCAUCAUCGUUUUAGUAGUUGGAGGUGUGUGUGUGUGUGCGUGUGUGUGUGUGUUGUACUAUUUAUUACGAUUAAGAGUGAUACUGCAUCCUUAUUGUACAUUAUUACUAUUAUUAUUAUUAUUAUUAUUAUUAUUAUUAUUACCAUUAUUAUUAUCGACAUUCAGGUUUUCUUCCGCACCUCAGUAUAGCCGUGUGCGUGUGUGCGUGCGUUUGUUUCCCUGCCGACCCCAUAGCUCCAUAAAAAGUAUAUAAGAUCUCACAAAAACCAAAAAAAGAUGCUAAUUUUUAAGGAUCAUCGGGUAUAAUAAUCUUUUUUUAUUAACGCAUAUGUAUUACUAAAUAGGUCGUUUUUCAAAGCUACUAUAAUAUGGUGAGCAAUACUUUCAUUUUUAGCGAUUGUCUCUAUACUACCGAUGUGCAUGUAGUAUAUUUGCAGUACAUAUAUAUUUUCUGCUUUUACUUGUGUGUGUGUGUGUGUGUGUGUGUGUGUGUGUGUUUUCCUUUAUCGUCUAUACAUAUGCGCACAUGGCAGUGAUUUACGUACAUACACUCGGCUAUCAGCAAAAAUUUAUGUGUUUGCGGCUUCACACAAACAUCGCUAAAGUCUUGCGCUGAUUUCUGCGUAACCGAGACUUGCAUUUGUUCAGAGAUACACGAACAUUGCCUACACACACACACACACACACACACACCAGUCCAAGCAUGCCAAUCCAAUUAAUACUCAAAUCAGUUGAAAUUAAAGACAAGAAAAUUUGACCGAGACAGAAAAUCGACUGCAAAAAUAGUCUUUUUCCCCACGUCAAGUUAAUUUUUGUUCCUCAGCCCAAAUUUUCCGAGUAGAAAAUAAAAUACUUCAGAAAAUUUACCUGAGGCAGAAAAUCAACUGCAAAAAUUACAUCUCUUUUUCCCUGCAUAAGUUAAUUUUCACACCUCGGCCCAAAUUUUCACAAGUUAAAAAAUACUUCAGAAAAUUUACCUGAGGCAGAAAAUCGACUGCAAAAAUUACGUCUAUUCCCCCCCCCCCCUCACAUAAGUUUAUUUUCACACCUCGGCCCAAAUUUUCCCGAGUGCGUUCUUUUCCUCUGGCGUGAGUAGACUGGACUGGCGCAUACUAAUUGGUAUUGCGAUGCUCAGGAGGCGCAGGGAAGGGGGGGGGAUUCGUUUACCAUUGUGAUUCAUGUCUCGUCUCCACACAAACACUUGCAAAACUUGGCGGGUCAGAACGUAACUUUUCAGUGGCCUUAAUCAUAUCAUUCCCAGCCGCUCCGCACGUCACUUGGCGCAGGGUUGGGGCGCUCCCUCGGCCUCGAUCUGGGUCUGGGAUGCCCUUCGUGUGCUAAGAGUAAAAAACGAGCAGCUGCGUCAGUAUAAAAAAAAGUAUAAUACAAACGGACGUCAACUCUUGGGUUUGAAACGUGUGUGUUGUCGCUGUUUUUCGCUGUUAAUGAUAAACUACCGUGUAUUACUAUCAUCACCGCAUCUGUUUCCCACACCACGGACUUGUGUAAAAAAUGAAUGGUUGUAUCUGUGUGGUGUGGUUGUUUGUCAUGGGGAGCACACCUUUUGUCAGUAACCAUAUGAGGCGUCUGGAACCUAAGGGACAGCCAUGCCAAUCGUGAGUUUCGAGAUGAUGGGGCUUAGGUUGAUAUUGUCAGACGCUUCCACCUAUCACCUCAACUAUUUUCAAAGGCCAAAACGGAGAUCAGUUGGGUUCUCACAAGUGCUUUCUUUGGUUCAUGGUACAGGAGAAGGGUCAAACUACCACCAGGGUCCUUAAACUACCCCUGGAAAUGCCCACAACUCCCAUGAAAGCCUAGUAAAAUAUGUGUACUUGGGUGACUAAUUAGGUCGGUAUAAGACACUUUCACUUCUCACAUCAGCUUUUUCUAAAGGCUAAAGAGGGGGUCAGUCGGGUUCUAAUGAGUGUUUCUUCAGGUUCAGGGUACAGAAGGGUCAAACUACCAUCAGGGUCAUUAAACUACCCCUGGAAAUCCCCACAACUCCCAUGAAAGCCUAGUAAAAUAUGUGUACUUGGGUGACUAAAUGUUUAAUAAUACAACCCUUAGUGUUUCCCUGCUUUCCAUUCUCUUCUUCUUUUCAUUUGUCUCUGGAUGGGGUAUGAGUCUCUCCUACUAUUGGCAGUGUUUUCUUACUUUCUCUUCUCUUUUCCUCUUUUCAUUUUGAGAUGUUAAGACUUAGUGUUUCCCAGCUUUUUCUUCUCUUCUUUUCAUUUGUCUCUGGAUGGGGUAUGAAUCUCUCCUACUAUUGGCAGUGUUUUCUUACUUUCUCUUCUCUUUUCCUCUUUUCAUUUUGAGAUGUUAAGACUUAGUGUUUCCCAGCUUUUUCUUCUCUUCUUUUCAUUUGUCUCUGGAUGGGGUAUGAGUCUCUCCUACUAUUGGCAGUGUUUUCUUACUUUCUCUUCUCUUUUCCUCUUUUCAUUUUGAGAUGUUAAGACUUAGUGUUUCCCAGCUUUCCCUUCUCUUCUUUUCAUUUGUCUCUGGAUGGGGUAUGAGUCUCUCCUACUAUUGGCAAUGUUUUCUUACUUUCUCUUCUCUUUUCCUUUUUCUUUUCAUUUCGAGAGCUUACUUAAUGUUUCCCAGGUUUUUCUUCUCUUCUUUUUUUCAGUUGUCUCUGGAUAGGCUAUAAGUCUCCCCAACUCAACGAUGUUCCCAAUUCUUUUUCUCUGUUCCUUUUUGUUUUUAGAAUAUGUAUAAUAGUUCUGUAUUAAAUUCAGUGCCAUAAGACCCAGCAGUUGCAGCACCAAGAUGAACACUCAAAUAAUCAAUCAGUCAAUCCUUCCUUUCAUUUAACAUCCUUAUUUUACCUUUUGGGGCUGGACGGGGUAUGGGUCUCUCCGACUCUUAAUGAUCAUAGACACUCUCUUUGUCUCUCUGCAUUGGUAACUUCUUUUUGUCUUCUUUUCGUAUAACAUCCUUAUUUUAUCUUAUGGGGCUGAGCAGGGUAUGUCUCUCCUACUCAUGAUCAUAUGCUCUCUCCUCCUCCUCCGUCUGUCUGCAUUCGUGACGGGAAAGCAAACAGAAAACUCCACUCCCGUCCUCCUCAGCCUUAACUACUACCCCUGACUUUCUUUUUAAUCAAUGUCGCUUUGUUUUAAUACCUCAGUACACCCUCUAGAUGCCCUAUUUUCCUUUGGCUACCUGCACUGUGCGAUUGAGGAGCGUUACGCCUGUAUGACAUACCCAUAACCCUUCUUCAUCUUCUAUAACUCAAACUCGUAGAAAUGGUGCUGGUGUUCCUUUGGUUCUGACGCCUCGUAUAGCGCCUCAUAUAGCGUUUGCACAUGGCCACAGUGGAGCUUUGAGCAUGGACAUGUUAUACUACUAAUACGACUUUCACAUGUUACGGUUACUAUAUCGCAUCGCCGUGGGAGGGAGGGACUGACUCGGUUGACUUGGUUUUGUAUCGAUGCUUGGAGCCACACCCUAUCAAAGGCACCAAGACCUGUGUUUCUCUGUAUUCAAGGAUAAAGUGUAGGGAAGGAUUUGAAGGUGUACAGAGGCUUGUGAAAAGCUUGAUGUACUUAAAAAAUAUUCAGCCCUUUGCAGUUUUUGCCAGUAUGUAUGUAUGUGUGUGUGUGUGUGUGUGUGUGUGUGAGUGAGAGAAGAGUGGAUGUAAGAGUGUGUUGGUGUAUUGUAUGCUGAAAAAUUAAGGAAGGAAAGUAAGAUUGAGUUGAUGUAUUGCAGACAGAAGAAUGAGAAAUAGCUGAUAUAUUUGAGGCAGAAACAGGAAUGAAAAAGAGUAAAAUUGAGUGAAAAAAAUAUUAAUACAUCUAUUUUAAUACUAGUUUAUUUUCAUACCCUAGCAAAAUUGAGUGACUUCUUCCCAGAUAUGAAUACGAAUUUUAAAUGAUGAAUGUGGAAAUAAAAAGAAUGAAGGAGAGAAAAACUAUGAUGGGUUUCAGAUAUAUGUGUAUGGUUUCUACUUGCUCGUGUGUGUGUGUGUGUGUGUGUGUGUGUGUGUGUGUGUGUGUGUGUGUGUGAGUGAGCAGAAGCAUUAAAAAGCCUUCCUUGGGUCUAUUUAUCUCCAAGACACCCAUAAUCCUUAACCUGCUUUGUAUCUCCUCAUUCUGGACUUUCGGAAUAUUCAUAACAAUUUCGUAGUUCACUCCUGAGUUCAUAAAGCAAAUAAAUAAAAAUCCCUUACGCCAAAUGGGAAAGCGUGUGUUCCGAGUGAGACGUUUUGCAUUAGUUUCGCUCAUUUGUCCAUUUUUUUCUUGGCAAAUAAAAGUAUAAUGCAUAUCUACCAAUCGGGAAAGAUGUAUGAGUUAUCCGAGUGAGACAGUAUCUUUCUUCCUUCAUGCAUUACUUUUCCUUCCUUAAAUCGGGUUAUCGGUUUCGCUCAUUCGUCCAUGUCUUUUCCGUUCUCUCCGCUCUUCUAUUCCGCAGGCUGCUCCUUUGGUGUCAACGUAGAUGAGGCUUGUGUAGCGUAACCUUGUGUACUGUAAAGAGUUAGUGUGUAUGUGUGUCUACGAUUAGCUAUUUACAACAGAAGUACAAGCUAGGGCAGUGCAUAGGUAGGCGAGAGGGGCGUCAGCGUGGCAGUGGGCGGUGUGUGAACCAGAUUGUACAUGUGACCCCAGUUAGUCCUUAUGUCAGGGAUACAACACGAGGAAAUAAACUAGUGAAAAAUAAGUUAAAAUCCAAGUUAGUGUCGAUGUCGGGGGAAAGAAAACACUGUAGGAAAUUAUGCUAAAAUCCCAGAAAAUGAGUUAGAAAAUUAAGAUGUUAUCCGGUUAAUUUUGAUGUCAGGAAGAACGCUAGAAAAGUAUGUUAAAAUCCUUGUAAAGUUAAAUAUCACGGAGACAAACCCUUGAAAACUAAGCUAAAUGAAUUAUUGUCCAAAAUUACAACUGAUAAACAUUCUUUGAACAACUUUCUACUAGUCAAAUUUUCUCAAGUGACUUUCUAAAACACUAGAAUCUUAAGCUGAGACAUAAAAAAUUGACGACUUUCUACCUCGAUCAAAUUUUCUCAAGUGACUUUCUAAAACACUAAAAAAAUUAAGCAUUCUAAAAAUAGUAGAUAGGGACGGUGGGAAUCUCGUUAAUCCAUCCAUGCACAUCACUAAUUAUAUGACGAGGCAUUUGGGUUAAAAAAUUAUGAUUCAUUAACACUUUUUUUUGUCAACUACAUCAGUCAAACUUUCUUGAGUAGCGUAACUUUCUUCCCUGAUGCGAGUACUAACUGGGAUCAUGCGUACGGAUUGGCUAACAUAUCCUUGGCGCACUGUCUCGCUGCCAUCACUCUCGCUGCUGUUGUUACGAGGUCAUUAGAAGCAGACGAGGUGCUUGGUUUACCUGGCACACGGCUGUCGGUUAAGUCGUUUAUCCACCUGUAUACCUGCUUUGCGCCAUUCCCCUCCAGUGUGUGUGUGGAGGGUGGCGAAGGUUAUACUGAUGCUUAACCUUCCAUUCUAGGGGUGGAAAAAAGACCGACCGACUGUGACUGGCUGCCGAGUGCCAUGUGCGUCGCCUCCCUUAGCCCUUUUUGGCAUAGCGAGUUGUGGGUGUGUAGACUGCGGGCAAAGUUAAUUUUUAUACCACAGGCAGGUGUUUUAGUGGAUCGGAAACUGUUUUCAUUUAGCUUUAGGUAGAGUUUUUUCUACUCAACUGCAUUUAUGAGAUGGAGGGAGGGAGGGAAGGGAGAGACGUGGAUUGAAUAGGGAAGGAAAAAGGGGUGGAAGGGAAGGGAGAGUAAUGGAUUGAAUAGGGAAGGAAAAAGGAAUGGAAGGGAAGGGAGAGUAAUGGUUUGAAAGCAUAAAGGGAAACAAGAGAUACAAGGAGAAAUGGAGGGAUAGAAGGGAGGGAAGGGAGAGAUUAUGAGCGAAACUGUAGAGGAAAAAAGUUUACAAUGAGGGAAGGGAAAGAUGUGGAUAAAAAGGGGAGGGGAGAAAGAGGGAAGGGAAGAAGGAAGGAUAAUAAGGGUAAAAAAAAAAAAAGAAAGGGAGGGAGGGAGGGAGGGAGAAAUGGACCGCAAGGAAGAAGAAAGUUAGUGAAAAAAAAAAAUCUGUGCGUAUUAUUGCAGUUGACAUUAGAAAGAACACAAAAGGAAAAAAAAUGUAUAUGCUAAAGUAAGGUGUGUUUUUAGUACCUUAAGAAAAUUCCUUACGACAAUGAGGCAAUAUUAUCCAUUAUUACGACGAUUAUUAUUAUUAUUAUUACUAUCAUAAGUAUUACUGGUAGUGAGUUAAGAGGUAUUGGAUGUGCCUAAGUGUCUCUUUAACAACCACUUAAAUGUUACAGGAGAGAGAGAGACAGAGAGAAGCCUGUAAUUUUAAACGUAUCGGCACCUCUGUUCGCCUAUCUGUAAAGCCUCGUAGAAAUUGCUGGGAUUUUCAUGGAUUGUUUUGUGAUCCUGGUGAUAGUUUUACGUGACCUCUGUACCUUGACUGGGAAGAGCGCCCAUGAAAACCAGGUUAAUCUCUUCUUUGGCCUUGAGAAAUAGUCGUAAUUGGAGUCCGAUACGUUUGGCAAUAUGAACCACAGACAAAGCAUAAAAGUUGGAUGUGUCAAUGCCCAAUAGUGUGUUUGUGCGGCCGUUCCAGUUAACAACCAUCAAGGGAAAAGGUUUGAAAUUUUUAGCUAAGGAACAAAAGUGAUGUUGACAAAGUUGAUUUACUAAUUUUUUUGACAAUUACUU